AUGUUACCGGAGGAAAAAUCAAAACUUCGGUUACAAGUGAUUGAUAUGUUUAAACAUGGUUUUGGUUCCUAUAUGAAAUAUGCCUAUCCGGCUGAUGAACUAAUGCCAUUAAGUUGUAAAGGCCGAUAUCGUGGUUCGGAAACAUCUCGUGGUGAUAUUGAUGAUGCUCUUGGAAAUUUUUCGUUAACACUCGUUGAUAGUUUGGAUACAUUAGCGGUACUUGGAAUGUUUGAUGAAUUUGAACAAGCCGUUCGUCAAGUUAUUCAACAUGUUUCAUUUGAUCGUGAUGUGAUUGUUUCAGUGUUUGAAACAAAUAUUCGGAUGAUCGGUGGACUUCUCGGUGGUCAUAUAUCCGCAAAAUAUGUUAAUUUACAUCAUCCACUACGUUUAUCUUGGUAUCGUGAUGAAUUAUUAGUUCUUGCUCAUGAUUUAGGUCUUCGUUUAUUACCUGCAUUUAAUACGACAAGUGGUUUACCAUUACCACGUGUUAAUCUUCGUUAUGGUAUUGAUUUAACAUUAUCAAAAAGUGAACGUGAACGUUUUACAUGUACAGCAUGUGCUGGUACAUUAAUAUUAGAAUGGGCAACAUUAUCACGUUUAACAGGAAAUUAUUUAUUUGAACAAUAUGCUGAUCGUGCUAUGACUUAUUUAUGGGAACGAAGACAUCGACAAUCAAAUUUAAUGGGUACUAUACUUAAUGUACAUUCAGGUGAUUGGAUUGUACGUGAAGCAGGCAUUGGUGCUGGCAUCGAUUCUUAUUAUGAAUAUUUAUUUAAAGCAUAUGUUUUAUUAGGAGAAUCAAAUACAGAUUAUUUAACUCGUUUUCAACAACAUUAUUCAUCAAUAAUGUCUUAUGUUCAACAAGGUGUUGCUAUGGUUAAUGUACAUAUGCAUCAACCAUAUCGUUUAGCAAAAAAUCAUAUGGAUGCAUUAUUAGCAUUUUGGCCUGGAUUACAAGUUAUGACAGGAGAUUUAAAACCAGCUGUUGAACUACAUGAAAUGCUUUAUCAGGUUGUGAAAAAACAUAAAUUUUUACCAGAAGCUUUUACUACAGAUUAUAGAAUACAUUGGAAUUCACAUCCAUUAAGACCAGAAUUUGUUGAAUCAACUUAUUUUCUUUAUAAGGCUACUGGUGAUCCUCAUUAUCUCGAAGUUGGCCGAACAAUAUUAACAAAUCUCGAAGAACAUGCUCGUGUUCCAUGUGGUUAUGCUGCUAUAUCGGAUGUUUCUACUGGUCAAAAAGAAGAUCGUAUGGAUUCAUUUGUAUUAGCUGAAACAUUUAAAUAUCUUUAUUUAUUAUUCGAUUCCAUUCCACAUCGUUAUAUGGAUAUAGAUCAAUUUAUAUUUACAACAGAAGCACAUCUUCUUCCACUUAAUUUUGGAAUGUUUAAUAUUAAUGAUACAUUAAGAAAAGAAUUUGAUAAAAAAACUUUAUUAUCAGCACAAUUAUAUGAGCAAAAAAAUCUUUCAUUGACAGAAAGAUUUAAUGAAAAUCGAGCUAAAAAUAAUCAAUGUCCAGCCAUGGAUGAUCAAUUUAAAUCACAUCAAUAUAAAGAACAAUUAAGAAGAAAUAUUCGUGGUGAUCAAGAUAUGACCGAAACAAUAACAACAACAUCAGCAAUUGAAAUGGAAAAACGAUCGAAAAAUGCAUCACAUCCUCGAUUAACUGCAUCUGAAUUUUCUGCUGGAAAUUCUCAACAUGUAAUUCAACUAUCACAUAUGGGCAUUCAAAUUCAAACAAUGACAGAUGGACGUAUUCAAUUAAUUCAUAAUUCUGCAAAUGCAGCAUCACAUGAAGAUGCUAAUAAUGGUCUGAUUUUUAUACAAGAAAUGUUAGAUUUAAUGAAAAAUACGAAUGGAUUAAGUCAAUCAUCAUCGGAAUCUAAACAUCAUUUACCAUUAACUGUUAUUCCAUUAAUAAAUUCUUCCUUAACAAAACCAAUUCGUUUCUCCGUUGGUCCUGCUCAAUUCGGACAGCAAUUACAUGGAAAACUUGGAAUCUUUGCUCAAUUAUAUGUUGCUCAACCAUUUUCGAGUUGUUCUCAUUUAUUUUCUUCUCAUCAUCUUUAUUCACGUAUUGGUAUUGUCCGUCGUGGUGAUUGUAUGUUUAUUGAAAAAGCACGUCAAUUAGAAAAUGCUCGUGCUAUGGGUGGUAUUGUUAUUGAUCAUAAUACAUCAUUAAAAUCAUCUAAUGAAGGAAUAUUUUCUAUGACUGGUGAUGGAAAUAAUAAUGUUAAUAUUCCACUAGUAUUAAUGUUUAAAGAAGAAGCAUUUCAUUUAUUACAUUUAUUAUCAAAACAACCAAAUUUAAUUGUUUAUAUUGGUGAUGAAAGAUUUUUUAAAGAAAGUUUCUAUCAACAAACAGAAAUUCUAGAAAGUCUUAUUGAACCUUUCAAUCAAACAAAUGAAAAAUGGGUCUAUGGACAAGAUAAAUGGUUUAAAAGAAAAAAUUUAUGUUCAAUUGUACCAAAAAAAUUAAAACAAUUAGAAUUAGCCAUUCAUCAACAAGAUAAUCAUGAAGAAAUUGAAGAUAUAAAUAAACUAACAGUUGCUCAAUUCGAACAUGUCAUCGAUACUGACAAUAAUAAAUCUGCUGAAGAAAUAACUUCUGAAUUAUUUGCUAGUCUUAAUUUAACCGCAGCUAAUUUUGGUGGUCAAUUAAGUAACAUUGAAACAUAUCGUUUAGCACUUGAUAAAAUGAUUCAAGCAGCGUUUGCUACAGUCAAUCAAUCAUCUCUAUCAAAUGUUUCUACUACAAAAAAACAACAAGUUGAUAUUUCAACAACAACAACAACAACGGAAGAAGAACAACAAACAUCGACGACAACAGCAACAACAACUGAUACUCGAGAAUAUACAGAAAAAAGGCCGGAGACAAAACAUAAACCUUAA